CCUGCGGACCCAACUAGGGCGGCACGCCGCCGGCCGCCCCAAGGGCCAAGAGGCUUCCUCCGCGAGUCCGCCUCCGCCUCUCUCCUCCUCGGCCGGCAACACGCCAUGAUGACGCCAACACGACGGCGGCCGACCAAUCUACACUCGGAGUCCGGCGAGUUCGUGUAGAUUUCUAUUGGGGGAUGCAGAACCACUAUUCCUUUCCUCUAUGGUACUGGCCUGCUCAUAUUUGUAAGUAUGCUACAAUUCUUAGACUAGAAGACAUGUGCCUUUCAACAUUCUCGUGGCAUUGAAGAAUACUUGUUUCACAAUAUCAACAUCUAACAAACUGUCUAACAACUCAAGGAAAGGGUAAAGCAUUUGGCUACGAGAAGUUUCUGUUUGGAGGGUAAUGUAUAAGUGAUUCUGUACUAAAAGAAAAUAGAUCGUCGCGUUGUUUUUCUUUAAAGUUGCUAGAGAGUGACUGAAGAUUUAGAGAUCCUCUCAUUAAUGUGGAAAAAUGAGUAGCAAAGUUAGAUGGAUUAACAAGGGCUCAGUAGUUCGUUUUCAUCUGCGACUCUGCGUCGGGUGGAGUAAUACUAAUAGAUAUGCGUAGGCACUAUGGAGGGGUCAAAAAGUACUAUUAUUAGGACCUCCAAUAUAACGCCAAAUAGACUCAUUACUCCUAAGGACAAAUGAACAUACAAAAGGGAUAAGCAAAGCAGAAAUGAUGGGAAAAAUUACAGUGAGUGCGUAACUCCUGUAUGUACUCAGAAUUUAAUCCUUGCUCAGGGUUGAGUCAUUUAAUUAUGCAUCCUUUUGUGUUGCAGAUUCACCCUGAACCUGCAAGUUUUCAGUAAUCAGUUUGCACGAUUACUAAGACUUGUUUUAAUUGUUAUGCUGGUGCAACCUAGACCUGGUAUAUAUGUUGCCCAACAAUCAUGUCAUAACUGUGACAUGUAAAGAGUGUCCAUUAUGAACUGCUUAAUUUGUCAGCAUGAUAACGAAAUUUUGUUUUCUUCCCAACAAAAAGUUGGGGGCGUCACUCUUUUUCCAGUUUCUUCACUGCCAAGGAGCAGAGUUAAAGGUAGACUUGGAAAUUGACAGUGACAUAUCAGAAUUCAGAGCAUAAAUCCAAACAGCAAUAUUUAUUAUGGUUGUUGAAUGGGUGCUGAUGUGGAACUAAAGCAAACGAUGCCAUUAGAAGAACUACAAAAAUAUCUAUUAGUUUCUUUUCAAAGAAUUCACAAUACUGUUGCUGCGGUGAUUGAGAAUUGGGGCAAUGUUCAGAACAGAUGGCCUUGAUCAUGUUUGAAUGGAGACGUCGAUUCAUCUCCCAGCUUCUCAACUGACUACAUGGCUUCGAUAAUGUUCGAAGAUGGGAUCCAUAGAGGCGCACCAUCGUGUAUCAGACAUGUUGGAUAUUACUAAGAAGAUAAUAGGAGCAGUAUUGCAAAUUUGCCACAUCGAACCAAGUACUGCUGUAAAAUUUCUAUCUUCAUUCUGCCGUAUGUUAAAAAAUACUCUAUCUUGCAGAAUAAACACAAAUACGCAACUCAAGCAGAUUUCAGUACAGUUGAAAGUUGCCAAAACACCACCAGAACAUCAGAAACAACGACGGUUGUUGAAUGAGACGUUGAAGUUUGCCUUUGUGCACAUUCUGCCGCAAAGGAUCUGUUCAGCCGCGAGACCUGUAUGUUUUACUUAUUUCAGCUUAUGGAGGCCUAUUCUUUUGAGCUAAUCGUUGACGGAUUCCCAAGAUCCUAAAUGGUAUGUUUUUUGCAAAAGACUUUCUUCAUCAUAAUUUCUUUGAGAAAUUUUUGCAACAAAAUUUCCACUUUCUAAUAUUAAAUUCAUUUGUUUGUGCCCCAAAUAAUUGUCAUAAACUCAGUUUCAUCCAUCAUCUAUAUAGAAAUGGCCUAGUACAGAUACAGUUGCUGUAAUGCGCUGCGCUUGAUUUUAAGUUGCUUGGAAAACUAAAACUUGUAUUCAUUAUAACUUGUUCCAUUGUUAUGGUUAAGGAAACAUGUUAUCUAACUGUCAUGCUUCUCUCAAUUGUUUCAAAUUCGGGAUGCAAUAAUGUUUUUUUACACUGAAGAUUAAUUUUGAGGAAAAUUGAUGGUGGUUUGCGUUUUACUGUACUACUAUUACUAUUACAAUUUUGGAGUAAACAAUGCAAAUACUAGUGUUUGUCUAACCGACCACGUCUUUACUCUGUUGGUUUUACAAAUGUAUCAUAAAACAUCAUGACUUGUGUAGACUUUAUACUGCCUCUGUUCCUAAAAUGUUGUCGCCAUUGGUAACUAAUUUAGUUUCGAUCCCUAAUAAUUAGAUGGUUAGGCUACAUGAAAAUCCCUAAAAUCCCUUAUAUUUUAGGAUCGGGGGAGUACCUACUAUAUGCAACUAAUAAGGUAGUAUACCCCUGAUAUCCAUUUCUAUCACCAUCCGGUUACAUCCCCAGCAUUCAGUAAAAAUUCAGCAUUCACUGCUACACUACUUAUACACACUGGAUGCAGCAGAAACGAAAAAAGAAUACCAUCUUCUUUUCCUGUCCACUCUGGCGUCCGGCCUAUAGGAGAUCUUGAAAUCAUACCGUGAGGAGUAUUGAGCAUGUGAUUCUAUUGUGGUUGUGAUGAGCCUGCUGUUUCAGCUGUCUGGUACUUGGUUGACUCUUGCACCUGCUCCAUGACGAAGGUAACGAGUGGCUACGUACGCCGUGGCCGUGCUAAUCAAUGGGCGAGCUCUGUGAAGAAGCUAACUCCCAACCAACUAUUCCAACUCGGUUAUUAAAGCCAAUGGUAAUCGCCCAACGCUGCAUGCUGCACUUUACCCUUGUAAAACUGUGAGCGUUUUCCUUUGGUGGAUAGAACAGUUGGGAUGCGAUGCACGGGGAAAAGGGAAUUGCAGACACGCCAGAAAGGCAGAGACAUUGCCGGUAUCUAUCACGUGAAAAUGUGAUGCUGCAACUUGUCCGUCCCAUGUAUGAAUUCAACAUUUUGGGUGAGAAAACAUGUUUUUGCUGUUGUUUACGUAGCUUACCGCAGGGAUUACCUCCUGCGUGUUAGACUGCACCAGUCAAGAAAACCCACUACGUUACGUGAAGCUAGCAGCAUCGAUCGCACUAGUGUCGCUCUCUGGAAGUAAUAGCCUCUUAAGUUAGCUGCGAGCUAAGCCUGCAAUUAUACACCGUCUCCGCCUCCCCUUCCCAUGUCACAACCAACCUUGGAUAUAUUAACUCCCUCUCCCGCUGCUCCACUCCACUCCCACACCAUCAGCGAGCACCUAGCGGUCGCAUCGCUAGCUGCCAUCUCCUGGUGAGAUCCAUCGAGACGCCCGGCACGACGACGAUGGUGUCGCGGAGGUUCAAGCCCGUGGAGGAGUGCAGCUCGGAUGGGAGGUCGGAGCAGACGGUGGCCGCCGACUUCGACGGCACGCUGGUCAGGUCGCGGAGCGCCUUCCCGUACUACCUCCUCGUCGCGCUCGAGGCCGGCAGCGUGCUCCGCGCCGUCGUGCUGCUGCUGUCCGUGCCGUUCGUCUACGUGACCUACAUUUUCUUCUCCGAGUCGCUGGCCAUCAGCACGCUGGUGUACAUCUCCGUGGCGGGGCUCAAGGUGAGGAACAUCGAGAUGGUGGCGCGGUCGGUGCUGCCCAAGUUCUACGCGGAGGACGUGCACCCGGAGAGCUGGAGGGUGUUCAACUCCUUCGGCAAGCGGUACAUCAUCACGGCGAGCCCCAGGAUCAUGGUGGAGCACUUCGCCAAGACGUUCCUCGGCGCCGACAAGGUGGUCGGGACGGAGCUGGAGGUCGGCAAGAACGGCAAGGCCACGGGGUUCAUGGUGAAGCCCGGAGUGCUCGUGGGCGACCACAAGAGGCAGGCCGUCGUCAAGGAGCUACGCGACGCGGUGCCCGACGUCGGCUUGGGCGACAGGGAGACGGAUUUCGACUUCAUGUCCAUAUGCAAGGAGGCCUACCUCGUGACAUCAAGGAAGUACAGCGCGGUGCCCAAGAACCAGCUGCUGAGCCCACUCAUCCUCCACGACGGCCGCCUCGUGCAGCGUCCGACGCCGCUGGUGGCGCUCGUCACCUUCCUGUGGAUGCCGUUCGGCUUCGCGCUCGCGCUCCUCCGCGUGUACGUCAACCUGCCACUCCCGGAGCGGAUCGUCUUCUACACCUACAAGCUCAUGGGCAUCCGCCUCAUCGUGAAGGGCAACCCGCCGCCUCCCCCCAAGAAGGGACAUCCUGGCGUCCUCUUCGUCUGCAACCACCGCACCGUGCUCGACCCGGUUGAGGUCGCCGUGGCGCUGCGCCGCAAGGUCAGCUGCGUCACGUACAGCAUCUCCAAGUUCUCGGAGCUCAUCUCGCCGAUCAAGGCCGUCGCGCUGUCGCGGGAGCGCGAGAAGGACGCCGAGAACAUCCGGCGGCUGCUGGAGGAGGGCGACCUGGUGAUCUGCCCCGAGGGCACCACCUGCCGCGAGCCGUUCCUGCUGCGGUUCAGCGCGCUCUUCGCCGAGCUCACCGACCGCAUCGUGCCGGUGGCGAUCAACACCAAGGAGAGCAUGUUCCACGGCUCCACCGUGCGGGGCUUCAAGCUCAUGGACCCCUACUUCUUCUUCAUGAACCCGCGGCCGACGUACGAGAUCACCUUCCUGAACCAGCUGCCCAAGGAGCUCACUUGCAGCGGCGGCAAGUCGCCCAUCGAGGUGGCCAACUACAUCCAGAAGACGCUCAGCGGCCAGCUCGGCUUCGAGUGCACCGCCAUAACGCGCAAGGAGAAGUACAGCAUACUCGCCGGGACCGACGGCCGCGUCCCUUCCAAGAACAAGGAGAAGGAAAAGAACUAGCGAGUCACAGCCUCCUAUCGAUCGGAGUACUCCGUAUUCGCCCAGCCGACUAGUGUCACUCAUGGCUUCUAUCUAUUGUUUACGAUUUAUUGUUGUUUUUCAAGAAGUUGGUAAAUUACAUAUUGUUUCCGAGAAGGAUCUCCUUGGAAAGAAUUCUUUUGCACUUCUUUAAUAGGUAUCUUCUAGCUUUAAUAGAUAGAGAUACUCAUACACAUGUUUAACGUCAGGAGGUAUCUCUAUAUUGAAGAAAAGUACUUCCAUUUUAAAAUGUUACUCCCUCCAUUUCACAAUGUAAGUCAUUCUAUCAUUUCUCAUA